UCAUUUUUGGCAAUUUUUAUUUUUAUUUUAAUGAAGAAAAACAAACUAAAAAAAGAAAAAUCCAUUGUUUAGGUUUUUGAAUUAACUUUGAAUCUCAUCAUCACCUCAUAAUAUCCAAGUGCCAGCCUUUCUAAGCUGUACACACAAAUAUCAUAUCAUCAUAUUCAUUCUUCUCUCUAUUGUCCUUUGUCCUUUUUUUGCAACACUUUGCUUCAACUGUUGCGAAAAUUCAUGUGUUUCCUCACACUUAACGUGUACAAACAAUCUUUUUUGUCAUAGUCAAACAAACCAAUAGUAAAACACUUCCUCAAAUGGCAAAUGCUAUGUUCUUACCAUCUUGUUCUUUCUCAUCAUGUGUGAAACCAUGACUAUGUUGAGGUAAGCUUUAGUUGGUCAAUUCAAGUGUCAACAAAGUUUCUUUUCCUCUUUUGGCUUUCUUCCAUAUUGUUUUUCCACUAUGUAGACAAGAUAGAAAAACUAAGCUUAAAAGUUGCUUUUACACUAUGUGGUCAAAGUAGGAAAAUUCACCUUAAAAAGUUGUUUUUGUUUUUUCCAAACUCAUGUUAAACAUUUGUUGUUCUUUUCUCUUGUUUAUGUCCUAUUUCAGCCUUCUUUUCUCUUGUUCAUGAAUUCCUUAGUUUUUCCUACUUUUCUUUGUUGAUGAUAUCUAAAUACCCUAUAUAAGAAACACAUGAUUUGGCUCAAGCGUUUAAUGAGGUUCAAUCAAAGACAAUUCAAUUAGAACUAGCCGAGUUCGAACUUUUUUUUUUGGUUUUAACCCUCUAGUUUUAUGGGGAAGGGGUCACGGUAAUUCAGAGUUUGACCGCAAUAUAAGUGAAGUCUGAUCAAGAAUUGUUCUCAGCGGGGAUCGAAUUGGGGUUCGAACUUUGUUUGAAACAAUCUGUGAUUGGACAUUUUUUGUUUCUGUGCCGAACUCCAUAUUACCGGAAUCUAUUUUCCUUGAACCAUAGGCUUACCACAAAAAAAAAAAAAAAACACUCACAUAAGAAUUACACAACCAUGAGAAACCAUUGGCCACUCUUCAAUAUUGUAAAUACCCUAUGGUUAUGUUUUUGCAUCCUACUUUUCUCUAAAGUAGUUUUGGUUUUGGCUGGUAUUCAAAUGAUUGGAAAUAUCUCACCUGGAUUUUAUGGCUCACAAAUGAAUUGGAUUGACAAAAAUGGCAUGUUUCUUGUAUCAAACAAACAAGAAUUUGGUUUUGGCUUUGUCAAAACUUCAAAUGACAGCACAUUAUUUCUACUUGCAAUAGUCCACACAGACAGCAGCAAAAUUGUUUGGACUGCAAACAGAGAAUCUCCUGUUUCCAAUUCAGACAAAUUUGUGUUUGAUGAAAAGGGUAAUGUUUUUUUACAAAAAGGAAGAGUUUUGAUUUGGCAAACAAACACAAGUGACAUGAAAGUUUCUUCAAUGGAAUUACAAGAUAAUGGAAACUUGGUUUUGCUUAGAAAUGAUAGUAAAGUGAUUUGGCAAAGUUUUGAUUAUCCAACAGAUACUUUAUUGCCAAUGCAAAACUUCACCAAAGGAAUGAAACUUAUUAGUGAACCUGAUUCGAACAAUUUGACUUAUGUUCUUGAAAUUGAUUCUCAAACUGGUAAUGUUAUUCUUUCCACAGGUUUACCAUCUCCACAGCCUUAUUGGUCUAUGCAAAAAGAUAACCGAAAAAUCGUUAAUGAAAAUGGCGAUGAAGUAGCUUCUGCAACUCUUGAUGAAAAUUCUUGGAAGUUUUAUGACAAAGAGAAAUCAUUGUUGUCGCAAUUUAUUAUUUCUGAUGCUGAAAAUUCAAUUUGGAUUGCAGUUUUAGGAAAUGAUGGAUUUAUCACUUUCUAUAAUCUUCAAAAUAGAGGCUCAAUUGGUUCAUCAAAAACAACAAUACCAAAAGAUUCUUGUAGUACACCACAACCUUGUGGUCCUUACAACAUUUGCAAUGGUGAGAAAAAAUGUAGUUGUCCAUCUUUUCUUAGCUCUAGACGAAGUUGUGAACCGGGUUUUGUUUCGCCUUGUAACUCAAAAAGUUCCAUUGAGCUCAUGAAAGGUGAUGAUGGACUUGACUACUUUGCACUUGGAUUUCUUCAACCUUCUUCGAAAACCGAUUUGAUUGGUUGCAAAAAUUCUUGUAGUGUAAAUUGUUCAUGUCUUGCUAUGUUCUUCCAAAAAAGUUCAGGUAAUUGUUAUCUCUUAGACAGGAUUGGAAGCUUUGAGAAAACAGAUAAUGAUUCUGGUUUUGUCUCUUACAUUAAAGUCUCGAGAGACGGAAGCACUGACACAGACACAGGAGAGAACGGAAACAAGAAUAAGCAAAUAAUAGUUGUUGUGAUAAUUGUCAUAGUAACAUUGUUUAUCAUUGCUGGCAUGAUCUAUGUUGGACUAAAAAACUUAAAGAAAAAGGAAAAUCUGUCUGAAUCUCCGGAGGAGAUUUCAGACGAUGACGCCAAUUUCUUGGAGGGUUUAACUAGUAUGCCAAUCCGUUUCAGCUACAACGAUCUAGGCACUGCGACUAAUAACUUCUCGGAGAAGUUAGGUCAAGGUGGUUUCGGCUCGGUUUAUAAAGGAGUACUACAAGAUGGAACUCAAAUAGCUGUGAAACAGUUAGAAGGAAUUGGUCAAGGGAAGAAAGAAUUUAGAGUCGAAGUUAGCAUCAUCGGAAGCAUUCAUCACCAUCAUUUGGUAAGGCUUAAAGGGUUUUGUGCUGAAGGGUCUCAUAAACUUCUUGUUUAUGAAUAUAUGGAAAAUGGUUCAUUGGAUAAAUGGAUAUUCAAGAAAAACAACGAAGAAUUAUCGUUGGAUUGGAACACAAGGUACAAUAUUGCACUAGGAACAGCUAAAGGACUAGCUUAUCUACAUGAAGAUUGUGAUUCAAAGAUUGUUCAUUGUGAUAUUAAACCAGAAAAUGUGCUUUUAGAUAAUAACUUUGAAGCCAAAGUUUCGGAUUUCGGCCUUGCAAAGCUCAUGAACCGCGAACAAAGUCAUGUUUUCACAACAAUGAGAGGAACAAGAGGUUAUUUAGCACCAGAAUGGAUAACAAACUAUGCUAUAUCAGAGAAAAGUGAUGUUUAUAGCUAUGGAAUGGUGUUGUUAGAGAUUAUUGGUGGAAGGAAAAACUAUGAUCCUAAAGAAAAUUCGGAGAAAUCGCAUUUUCCUUCUUUUGCUUAUAAGAUGAUGGAACAAGGGAAGAUGGAAAAUGUAAUUGAUUCUAAGGUGAAAAUGAUUGAAAAUGAUGUGAGAGUUGAGAUUGCUUUGAAUGUUGCAUUUUGGUGUAUACAAGAAGAUAUGUGUUUAAGGCCUUCUAUGAAUAAAGUUGUACAAAUGCUUGAGGGUUUAUGUGAUGUUCCUAAGUUACCAAAUGUGUCUCCAUUAGGUUCUCAUUUUUAUUCAAAUUUUCUUAGACCAACAAGUGAGAGUGGCACUUCUUCAGAACCAACAGAUGGGAAUAGUGAUGCAUAUCUCUCUGCUGUUAGACUUUCGGGGCCAAGAUAACAGCGAAACUCACGCGCAUUAGUGCUGAAAAGUGAAGAAUAGUAGGUUUGAAUCUGUGUUUCAACGUAUCAAAUGUACGUUCUUGUAGUCUUUUACUAUUUGAGUUGUAUUAACGGAAUGCUGUAAUUAAAAAAAUUAUUAGUUGUAUUUCUUUUUCUUUUUGGUGUUUAUUAGAAAAUUGACAUCAAAUUCAUGAAUAUAUAUAUAUAUAUAUAUCCUUUCUAUAUUUUGAG